GUGCUCAAUGGGUUCUCGGGUCGACGCCCUCUUGGCUGCUUCUCCAUAUAAUUAAGUGCAGCGUUUGGAGGAAACACAUGAAACAUUGAAAUGUGAGACCGAAGUGUGUUAAUCUCACAUUCACGAGUGCUGUAAUAUCUCAUUCCCGUCAUUGCUAGUAGUUUUAAGCGGUGGGUCAGAGUCAGGCAGAGAAACGCACUAGGAGCUCCGCACCAAACUCUUUGGUCUGACUUCAUCUCCAGAGAGCGAGCGCAAACAGACCUUCCUGUCUGAUUCAGAAUGGAUGUGCUCGCGAGCGGACAGAAGAUGUUGGCGGGGAAGGGUGCAGCGUGUCUGACAUGUAAAGAGAUCUGCUCUGGAUUCCAGCCACAUUCCUGGAGGAAAGCUUGCAUACAGUGCCACUGCAGUCAGGAGCAACAUGUGUCCAGCUCCGACACUGAGGAUGACCGCAAGAUGGGGAGACUGCUGGCAGAGUCCCGUUAUGCCCAUCUCACAACUAAGGUUAAGGGAGGAGAUGGCACGAGGGUCUAUAAACGCAACCGCAUGAUCGUCACCAACCCAGUGGUCUCACGUAAAGACCCAACGUUCAACACCGUCACCUAUGACUGGGCCCCACCAGGCCUCACCCAGAAACUGGCGAUGCAGUACAUGGAGCUUCUCCCUGAAGAAAGGCGACCUGUGGCUGGCACAGCGGGAUCGUUAUAUCGCCACAAGCAACUGAUAAGACAGCUACCUUCCUACGAUCACGACCCUGCAUACUGCCACAGCCUGUCUGAGGUGGAGUUGAAAGCUAUGGCUCAGUUUGUGAAAUCCUUUAAGGAGGAAUCCUUAGGAGUAGGAGAGGUUGCUCUGCCUGGAGAAAAAUGUACAGCAGUAAAAAAUGAAAAGGCCUCUCAAGAACAGCCAGAUCCUGAGACUACCACAAAUGGAACAGCACAGUCUCCUCUCUAUAGUUUGAGUGAAUAUAUGUGA